AUGGCAGCCGCUAAGGAUUUCAGCUCCAUCGGUGGUCUCGAGAGUCAAAUACAAAUUCUCAAAGAAAGUGUUCUUUUCCCCUUGAUGUAUGGAGACAUUUACGCGAGGUUCAACGUGAAACCACCACGUGGACUUUUGUUCUACGGACCUCCCGGAACUGGAAAAACUUUGAUGGCCGGUGCGCUGGCUCUGGAGUGCAGCACCGCAGGACGAAAAGUUUCAUUUAUAUCGAGGAAAGGUUCGGACUGUCUCAGCAAAUGGGUUGGCGAUAGCGAAAAACGGCUCAGAGACAUAUUUCUCAGGGCCAAGCAAACGAAACCGUGCAUCAUAUUCUUCGACGAGGUCGACGGUUUGGCACCGGUCAGAUCGAGCAGACAAGAUUUCGUUCACACGAGCGUCGUGUCCACCCUUCUCGCCCUAAUGGACGGCUUGGACAAUAAUUCCGAAGUGAUCGUCAUAGGAGCUACCAACCGACUGGAAGCCAUAGACCCGGCGCUUCGUAGACCUGGAAGAUUCGACAAGGAAUUAUACUUUCCAUUGCCUUGUUUCAAUACCAGGAAGGAAAUACUGGCGGUCCACGUCAACAAUUGGAAAGACAAGCCGGGAAAGAGAUUCGUUUCGUAUCUGGCUUCUAAGACAAUAGGAUUCUGCGGUAGCGAUCUUCAGGCACUUUGCGCCGAGGCUGUUAUGUGCUGCGUCAGAAGGAAUUACCCGCAAAUUUACACGACCAAAGCGAAACACCGGAUAAACGGAAGGUUUUUAAAAGUAAGCCAUUGA